AUGGAAAGAUUGCAACAAAUUCUACGUAAAAAAAUAAAUGGAAAACGAUAUCUUCUUGUGCUAGAUGAUAUUUGGAAUGAGGAGCAAGAGAAAUGGAACUACUUGAAAAGGUUACUAUUAGAUGGUGGGGCAGGAAGUAAAGUAAUAGUAACCACACGGAGUAAAGUUGUUGCAAGGAUUACAGGCACAAUGCCAGCAUAUGACUUAAAAGCCAUGAAUAAAGAGAAAUCUUGGGCUCUAUUUAAGAAAAUAGCUUUGGAGCAAGGACGAGAGUCAAAUAUCAGUUGCAAUAUUUCAGAAAUUGGAAAGCGUAUUGUGGACAAGUGUGGUGGAAAUCCUCUUGCAAUCAAAACAAUUGGAGCCUUGUUGCGUUUAAAAAGUCCGGAGACAGAAUGGUCCUUAUUUAUGGAAAGAGAGUUUUCACAGAUACCUCAAACAGAAGAUGAUAUUAUCCCAACGCUUAAAUUGAGUUAUGAUCAUCUUCCAUCAAGUUUGAAACAGUGUUUUGUAUAUUCUUCUUUAUUUCCUAAAGAUCAUGUAAUUGAUAUAGAAAUUCUAGUACAGCUUUGGAUGGCGCAAGGUUUUAUUAAAAGGUCAGAUCCAAAUGAUUGUUUGGAAGACGUGGGUUAUGAGUUUUUUAAGGAAUUACUUUGGAGAUCCUUUUUUGAAGAAGUUGAAACAGAUGAGAAUGGCAAUGUAACAAAAUGCAAAAUGCAUGAUUUAAUGCAUGACCUUGCGGAGUCAAUAACAUCAUCCGAGUUUGAUAGGCGAAAUGGAAUCGCAGUACCUAUUAACAGGAGAACACGUCAUGUCUUCUUGUAUGAAUAUGGUUUUGAUUUAGUACGAAAAAUUCAACCUUCAUUGAUUCAUGCUAAAAAGAUGAGGACGAUUCUUAGGCCUGAUGCGGAUGGAUGGCAGUCGUGGUAUACAAUUACAGGUGGUGAGUCAACAUGGGAUGCAAUUGCUUUGAAUUUGAAGUUGUUACGCACGUUGGAUUUGCAAUAUUGUCAUAUUGGGAAAGUGCCCAAAUCUAUUGGUAAGCUGAAGCAUUUGAGAUAUCUUGAUCUUUCUUAUAAUGGUUUUAAGGUACUACCACAUUGUGUCACCAGAUUGCAUAAUUUACAGACACUGAAGCUCAGUUGGUGCGAUCAUCUUCAAGUAUUGCCUAAAGACAUCAAUAAACUAAUCAACCUCCGGAGUCUAGAGAUUGAUGGUUGUUUGAGUCUGAAAUACAUGCCACGUGGAAUAGGUGAAUUAAGUAGCCUUUGUAAAUUAUCAAAGUUUACGUUGAGUAAGCGCAUGAGCUUUUUCUCUACGCAUCAGGGUGGCGGUGGGCUUGAUGAAUUAGGGAGACUGAACAACUUGAGAGGGAGCUUGAAAAUUAAAAACUUGAGAAUCCAUGCAAUCGUACAACCAAUGGAUGCAAAUCUGAGAGAGAAGCAACAUCUUCGAUCCUUAAGUUUAAGUUGGAUUGAAGAUGUUAAAUUGGAAGAAAUAACAGAGGCAGUGGCAAAACGUUACGACAUGCAACUGAAUGCCCUCCAACCGCAUCCAAAUCUCAAAGAUUUGUCUAUUGAGAGUUAUCACGGUGUCAGGUUUCCAAAUUGGUUUGAGUCGCAUAUAAAUCUGGUAACAUUGUGUUUAGGGAGCUGUUACAAAUGCCAACAUCUACCGCCACUGCAUCAACUUCCUUGUCUUAAGGAAUUGUGGCUGUAUAAAUUGGAUGCUCUUGAGUAUGUUUCAAAGGAUGAGUACUUGUCUUGCUCAUCAUCGUCGUCUUCGACUUUAAUAUUCUUUCCUUCCCUAGAAAGACUGGAUUUGAAAUACUUGAGUAAUUUAAAGGGAUGGUGGCGGAGGAGUGAUAGUUCAUCUGCCACAGCGAGUAGUAGUCAUGAUGAUCUUAUGCUGCCCAUAUUCCCCGAUUGUCUUUCUGAUUUAAUUAUCCAGCAUUGCCCAAGCUUGACAUGCAUGCCACUUUUUCCAUAUGUAAGCCAACGUCUAGAGUUGAGAAAUACCAGUUGGAAACCAUUCGAACAGACAAUCCUCAGCGUCAGUGGUGGCGGUGCAAGACCCAUUAAUGUUCAACCAUCAUCAUCAUCAUCAUCAUCGUCGUCAUCGACAUCUUCCUACUACUCUCCACUCCGCAAAUUGACGUCUUUGGCUAUUCAUAGCAUUCAUGAUCUACAAUUUCUCCCAGAUGAGCUGAAAAGCCUUACUUCUCUCAAGGAUCUGCAUAUCGGGUACUGCCAAGAAUUGAAGUCUCUAUAUCCGGGUAUUCAGCAUCUCACCUCACUUCAGAGUUUAAGAAUUGAAAACUGCAAGAAGCUCGACAUGUGUGAUAACAAAGCCCAUGCAAUUACUAUGUGGCAGCAGCCUCUCAAAAGGCUCCAAACACUGUCGAUUGAUGGGCUUCCGCAACUUCUGGGCCUCCCAAUUGGCCUUCAACACCUUAACAGCCUGCAGAAACUGUAUAUUUAUCGUUGCCAUAAUUUAGUAUCACUUCCGGAGUCGAUUAAAAGCCUCAUAUCUCUUCAGUACCUUAAGCUUUAUGACUGCCCCAAAUUGGCAUCAUUGCCUGAAGAAAUAACAAGUCUCAUCUCUUUACACACCUUGGAGAUCCAGUUUUGUGGCGCCUUAUCACCAAGAUGUGAAAGGGAAACAGGCGAGGAUUGGCCUCAGAUUUCUCAUAUCCCAGACUUGCGGAUCCACUGAUGAUAGAAUUUAAAAACAUCUCUA